GAGAAAGAGAUAGAGAGAGAGAGAGAGAGAGAGAGAGAGAGAGAGAGAGAGACUGGUGGAGAGAGACGGGUAGAGAGAGCAAGACACUGAGGAGAUUAGACGCAUCAAAAGAAAGAGAGCGAGAGAGAGAGAGAGACAGACGGAUGGACCACUUGCGGAAAGAGAAAGGGAGAGAUAAUAAAACAAAAAAAAACAAAAGGAAGAAUGAAUGAUAAAAAAAACAAAGGCCUGAAGAGAGAGGAACAAGACUGAAACACACAGAGGAAGGGGAGCGAAGGACAAACAGCUCAAAGAGACAACAGAGUGAGAGAGAGAGAGAGAAAGAGAGAGAGAGGAAAAGAGAGAAAAAGAGAGAGAGAACAUCAAGAAAGAGAACAAGAAAUAAUGAGAUAGAGCUUGUUAGUGUGUUAGGAAGUAGAGAGUAUGUGUGUGUGAGUGUGUGUGUGUGUGAUAACAUUAGCGGCUGUGUAUCUCUGCUGUGAGUCACCACUGUGAAUCUAAUGUGUGCUCAAUCAGGGGAGUUUAGCAUAUAGCUAAGUUGCUAUCGUUAGCAGGUGUAUUGAAUGUGUUAGUGUGUUAGCACACAGUUUGUGAGAAGUCGGUGUGUGUUUGUGGUGUUUGUAUGGAGAGAAAAGUGUUGGUCAGAAUUCAGUGGACGUGUGUAAACUUCGUUGUUGCAGUUAAUGUUAAUGUUAAUGUUAAUGCUAGUGUUGUCUCAGACUUGUGUUUCAGCUCCCUGUAACUCUGAGGUUGUUAGAAGGUUUUAGGACGUUAUAUUGAAGCUUCUUUAAUAUGGAGCUGUGGAGACAGUGUGCAUCGUGGCUGAUUCAGUGCCGAGUUCUUCCUGAAAACCACAGAGUGACCUGGGAAAGUGCACAGGUGUGUGAGUUAGCCCAGGCGCUCAGAGAUGGAGUUCUUCUGUGUCACCUGCUGAAUAAUCUCCAUCCUCACUCAGUUAACCUGCGGGAGAUCAACCUGCGUCCUCAGAUGUCUCAGUUCUUGUGUUUAAAGAACAUCAGGACAUUUCUGACUGUGUGUCACGAGCACUUUGGGAUAAAGAAGAAUGAACUGUUUGAAGCCUUCGACCUUUUUGAUGUCAGAGAUUUUGGCAAGGUGAUUGGAACUCUGUCCAUCCUGUCUCAGACACCCAUAGCCCUUCAGAGGGGUUACAGGCCGUUUCCUAGUGAAGUGUGUAUUGGAGAUGAGGAUGACAUCUACAAUGGCCUCUCUGACCAGAUGGAUGACACAGUGGACGAGGAUGAUGAUCUGUAUGACUGUGUGGAGGAUGAAGAGGAUGAAGGAGACGACAUUUAUGAAGAUCUGAUGAGAACAGAGGAAACACCAGAGACACAACAGAAAAGUGAAGUGGAUAAGAGAGGCUGCUGCCUUCAGGAGAUCAGUCAGACUGAAGAGAAAUAUUCGCAGACCCUGGAGUCUAUACUACAGCACUUUAUGAAGCCACUGCAGGCUUUCCUUGCCCCAGCUGACCUAGAGAACAUCUUUAUGAAUGUUGAGGAGUUAGCUGCUACACACCGUCGAUUGCUGAGAGAGGUCCAGACAUCGAUAUCCUCUUAUGGAGCAGAGAAUCUUUACCAGGUCUUCAUCGAUUACAAAGAGAAGCUGUUGUUAUAUGGUCGAUACUGCAGUCAGGUCGAGUCGGCGACUAAACAACUGGACAAACUGGCCAACUCCAGAGAAGACGUCCGGAUGAAGCUGGAGGAGUGCUCAAUGAGGGCGAACAGCGGCCGCUUCUCUCUCAGAGACCUGCUAAUGGUGCCAAUGCAGAGAGUGUUAAAGUAUCACUUGCUGCUGCAGGAACUUGUGAAACAUACGGUGAAUCCUACUGAUAAGGAAAACCUUCGCACUGCACUAGAUGCCAUGAGGGAUCUUGCUCAGUGUGUCAAUGAGGUGAAGAGGGAUAACGAGAUCAUUCGUCAGAUUACAGCCUUUCAACUCUGUAUUGAGAACAUGACUCAGUCACUGGCACUUUUUGGCCGCCCCAAGAUUGAUGGAGAACUGAAGAUCUGCAGCCCUGACAAGAAAUCCAAACAAGACAGGUAUGCGUUUCUCUUUGAUAAAGCUCUGCUGGUGUGUAAGAAGCGCAGUGGAGAGAGCAUGGAGCUGAAAGAGCUCAUCGACCUGCAGCACUUUCAACUGAGAGAUGAACCGUCUGGAGACAAAGACAACAAAAAGUGGGCACACACCUUCUUGCUGAUGGAUUCCUACGGUCAGGGUGGUUAUGAUCUUUACUUCAAGACCCGUGAGCUGAAGAAGAAAUGGCUGGAACAGUUUGAGAUGGCUCUGUCCAACAUGAGUCCAGAGAACAGUACGGUGAAUGGCCACGACUUCCAGAUGUACUGUUUUGAGGAGACCACUUCCUGUAAAGCCUGUCAGAUGUUGCUGAGAGGAAUCUUCUACCAGGGUUACCGCUGCACUCGCUGUAAAAUGGCGGCCCAUAAGGAGUGUCUCGGACGAGCUCCUGUGUGUGGACGCAACGCAGAAAACUCAGUGAAAAAGAGCAAGUCGAGAUCUCAGAGACAGACUAAACCCGUUCUUCCUAAGAUGGAGGUGUGUCAUGAUUAUUAUGGCAUGCCCCCACCCCCUGUGGCUUUCGGGCAACCACUGCAUCUCACUGCGGGUGAUGUCAUUGAGCUGACACGCGCUGACGUUGACCUUCAGUGGUGGGAGGGCAGGAAUCUGUCAGUCGGUGAGGUCGGCUGGUUCCCCUGCAGCAAAGUUCAGCCCUUCUCACCAAGAACACCUCCUGACCUCACAGGAUUUCACUGGUUUGCUGGUAACAUGGACCGCUCUGAGGCCAAGAGUCUCCUAAUGCCUCGGUCUGAUAGUACAUUCCUGAUUCGCCAAAAGGACGGUGGAGAGUUUGCCAUCAGCAUCAAGUUUAAUAUGGAAAUCCGACACAUUAAGAUCACUCUAUCUGAAGGUCUCUACAGAAUCAACGACAGGAAAGCAUUUAAAGGGCUCAUUGAACUGGUUCAUUAUUAUCAGGAGAACUCUCUGAAGGAGUGUUUUAAGGACGUGGACACUCGUCUGCUGAUUCCUUACAAGAAUCCGGAGCAGAGUGUGUCAUCACACUCACCCCAAUACACACACACACCUACCAGAGGAAUGAGUGAGCGAUAUUUUGGGACGGCUAAAGUGCGCUACGAUUUCUCAGCACGGGAUCGGACUGAGUUGUCUCUCAGAGAGGGAGACACAGUGAAGAUCAUCUCCAAGAAGGCACACAACGGCUGGUGGAAAGGAGAGGUUUAUGGACGGGUUGGACUGUUUCCUGCAAACUACGUAGAGGAGGAACAUUCGGACUACUGCUGAUUUUUAUUCAUUAAGUCAUUUGCACAAUUAAUGACUCUUUAAUCUCUACAGCCAGAUACUGAGAAAUCAGCUAGUGUUUGUGACACAAGUCUAAAGACGUAAAUAAUCAAAAUCGAGUCCUCAAGCGACUCUUCAAAUUUAUCUGCUUGAAUGAGAUUCAUGAAUCGUUUAGACACUAAAUGAUUCUUUGAACAUGUCUGAGUGUGUUCAUUGAUUCACAUAGUUGUGACUCCUUCCUUUUAUCAUCUCCUUUUGAUUCUCUGGUUCAUUUACAUAUUAAAUGAUUCUGAAUCAUA